CCGCACGGACCACCCGGUUUUUCCAACCUUCCUACCUCUUCGCCUUGACAAAGAGCUUCUGGAAUCAACAGCACCAUCUCAACUUACCAUAUUUCUCACCUACUCAGGCACGAGACCGUGUCGUGAUACACACCGAGCUGAAACCGUAACCAAAGAAGAUCGCACCAACUGAUAGACAAACGAACAAGAUGUCUACGCUCGUGGACGAGCUACUCCAGGACUUCGAGGACUCGGGCUCGGAGGCUGGCGACGCCCCGAACGAGGACAGCUUCCUCGGGCUCGAUGAUGGCGAGACCGCCAAAGAGACGUCCGGAAACGGGGCAGACAUGGACUUGGACGAUGGAGCUGACGAGGACGACGAGGAGAUGGGCGGUGUCGACAGCAGCAAACAAGUACCAGAGGAUCCCGAGGAAGCCAAAGCAAGGGUCGAAAAGAUGCAACUCAAGGACGUUAACGAUGUGCGGCAUGUCGCUGGGCUCAUGAAGACGCUGGAGCCAGUGCUUGAGAAAAUCGCAUAUUACCAAGCGCAACCACCAGAGGCACGAGAUGCUAGCAUCGGAAACAUCGAAGACCAUCCCGAAUACAACCUCUUGACCGAGUCGAACCAGCUAUCCACCUCAAUCGACAGCGAGAUUGUGCUUGUACACAAAUAUAUUCGCGAUCACUACUCGGUGCGGUUUCCCGAGCUUGAGACGUUGAUUACGAAUCCUCUCGAGUACGCCAAGGUUGUUGCCAUUCUGGGAAAUGGCCCUCUCGAUUCAAACAACGUCAAGACCUUGGAAACGUCGAAGAACAACAUCUUGAACUCGACGCUGAAGGAGGUACUUGACGGUCCCUCUCUCAUGAUUGUGACACUGGAGGCAACGAGAACGAACGGCCAUGAGAUGUCAGAGGCCGAGCUCGGCCGGGUGAUGAGGGCUUGUAAGAUGGUGGUAGACCUGGACAAAGCCAAGAGGACCCUGACGGAAUACGUGCAAUCGCGCAUGAACAUCUUCGCACCAAAUCUCACCGCUCUCGUCGAGUCUCUGACGGCCGCGCAGCUUCUGAACGGGGCUGGAGGCCUGACCGGGUUGGCCAAGACGCCAGCCUGCAACAUAUCUGCCUGGGGGUCCAAGAAAAACCAAACCAGCGGGAUGGCGACAAACGUGGGCAUUCGCCAGCAGGGCUUCCUUUACCACUCUCCAAUCAUCCGCAGUGUACCCAGCGACAUGAAGAGGCAGGCUAUGCGUAUAGUAUCCGCAAAGGUGGUCCUCGCCGCCAGGGUAGACUGUGCACACUCAAGUCCGGAUGGCUCAGCUGGUGAGGACUUCAAGCAGAGCUGCCUGGAGCGGCUUGACAAGUUGCAAGAGAAGCCCCUGAGCAAGGGACAGCGCGCUCUGCCCGUGCCGGAUGACAAGCCGAGCCGAAAACGAGGAGGGCGUCGCGCGCGCAAGGCCAAGGAAGCUACCGCCAUGACUGAGCUACGCAAGGCGCAGAAUCGUGUAGCCUUUGGCAAGGAGGAGAAGGAAGCAGGCUACGGUGCAGGAGACUCCACUGUGGGCAUGGGCAUGAUCGGACAGACUGACACCGGCCGGGUGCGCGGGACACAGAUCGACGCGCGCACGCGCGCAAAACUAAGCGCGAAGAACAAGGGCUGGGGCGGCCUCGCGAGCUCGGUCACGGGCGGCGCGGCAUCAUCGCUCAAGGGCUUCGGCCAGACACCUGGUGGCCUCGACCUGCGGGGCAACGGACUGCGAACAUCUGGAGUGGGUACUACGGUGGGCGGUGGUGGAACCAUGUCAUCUCUCAACUUCACGCCAGUACAGGGCCUGGAGCUGGUGGAUCCAAAGGUUCAGGCAGAGCUGAAGAGGAAACGUGACGCCGAGCAAGAUCGCUGGUUCAAGGGCGGCACAUUCACACAGGUCGGCGGUGACAGCAGCAAGACGAGCAGUGAUGGCGUUUUCAAGAAGCCCGCCCUGCCACCACCCAAGCGGGUUGACACGGGCGCGACGAAGAAGUGAAGAGGAGACAGUAUCAAAGCGGAGCGAAUAUUCCGGUGGAGGCAGCGCGCCUAGCAGCUGAGCAGAGGACGCCACAGGCCUGGGCGAAUAGGAAGACAGAUGAUAGCUAAUCGUGCUGGCUCCAGUAGGCAUCUGAAGAGCAAAAUAGGGUUUACUUGAUACGAAUCCCAACCAGUAAGCUGGUUAGUGUGUUGGGGAAAAGCAUCGCGGAACCAUGCACCAGCCCCUCAAUCAAGACAGCUCGCACGGAUCUCAAACGAAAAUGAUGUGGUGGGACUUGACCAAGCGCGUGCUGCCUUGUGAGGCGACCUCUCGUGAGAUGACCCGGUGUGUGGCCCACGACGGACAACUCAACGUGAGAUGUAGACCGUCGGUGGGAUUUCCUCCCGUCCGUCCGAGAUGGGAAAGUAGAUAGAUGUUGACGGACCAAGCCCGGUGCUCACAAGUGCAGGCUGAUCACGACCCCAAGGGCCAAAGGGCCCAAGCACCCCCCCAAAAAAAGUGGUCAAUUGUUAGAAAACCUGACACACCAAGCUUGUGGAAUCGUCCCCUCCAAACCUCCCGUCACCCCGCUCCGGAAAGCUUGGUCCCCAAGCCUUGGUGCAUGAUGGCUAGAGCUUGCGCUCGGCUUCUCUGUCGCGAUGACUUGCUGGCAUGAUGGGGGCUGCGAUAAAAAUGAAAGACUGGUUCCUGUUGGCCUCUUCUGUGUCUCUUCCGGGUCGGGAUGCAGGCAAGGCGGUUAGCAGCUAAGCGGGCUCGGCAGGUGCUCCAUUGGCAGAUCACUGGUAGAACAGGUUGUGGAUGUUGUUGUGAUGAUGUCCUGAGAUGUUGAUGACUGGAAUGUGGCGAGACGAGGACGCGCAAGACAUGUAUGGGUAGGGAGUGAGACGCUGGGGGUGGUGCAAACCCCGCCUGCUGCAACGCCAACCGGCCACGGCGUGAUGGGAAAUCUUGCUUGGAGGCGAGCUCGAGGAUGGGGAUUUGCUCAGAAUCCCAUCUUCGCCUAGACUGGAUGGAUGGCAGGACUAGUGGGCUGAUCGUCGGUUCACUAUCUAGCUGUCUACUUUUCCCAUUUGAUUGCACCCGGGUUCUCGCCCCUCGAUCCUCCCCGCAAAUUGCCAUACUGUGGCAUGCGAGGCAACAGGCAGGAUGAUGUGUCGCGUGUUUUCUGUCCCAUUCUUUUUGUCAUAAACUGUCAUAAACUGUCAUGCCGGACCAAGUGGCGAUGCCGCAUCUCUGAUCAACGCAAACUGACUUGACUAUGAUGGCAUUUUCAGUGGAUUUGCCCGAGUCUGACCACUUGGGUGAACAGGGGACAUAGGCCCCGCAGCGUAUCAGAGCAGUCCACAUACAUGCCAGUACACCAAUACUGAGGUAAGAGCUCGGAAAACCUGUUUGUCUCAGGGUCCUUGGGCCCUGCAUGGUCCAUAAUAUAUCUGUUCUGCGUGGGGUGCGACGGGUCUGGCCAAAAACAUGUGCUGCUGCAACCUGGACUGCGCGCGCAUGCACCUUCGCGCUUCGCGUGGGCUAAGAGCUAGUCUCCCAAGUCUCGACGGCGUUGGGAGAAUGGUCGGGUGCCCCAUUGGCUGAUUGGGCAAGCGUCAGGUUGAGAAACCUGCUCCGGGUCACUGGUGUAUAGAUAUCAUUUCACUUCCAAGGCCCGGGAAUCGUGUUGACCACUCGCAUGGCGGCCGCCAAGGCAG